AUGUCGCAAGUUUUCAAUGUUCAAAGAGCAUUAGAUAGUCUGGCGAACGGGAAAUAUGCUGAAUCUCUGAAAAAUUUUUUCGUGUCUUUGAUUGGUCUCGAAAAAACGCGAAGACUUCAAUAUGAACCUCAUUUUCGUAGUGCAAUGGAAUAUUGGUUUGCUGAAGAUCAUAUGAAUGCUAUGAAAAUGUACGAAAUGUUGGAUAAAAUAGAGCUAUUGUUUGGCGAGGAUUCCAUCAAGAUCAAAAUUUCAAUUCUCCGCGCAGUGAUUGAUUUCGAAAUACCGGAUAUUUUACCAAGGCUUCUCUUUUUCUGUGAGAAUAUUUAUAAUGCACCAGGGGUCUCUAAUUAUCCAGAAGAUAUGUCCGAACUAAGAAUUAUCAGAAUGAACCUGAAAUCUCAAGCGUUUUCUCAAUGGCAUAUGAAAAUGAUCAACGAUUUGGAUCGAAAUCGAAAAUUUCAAGAAGCGAUCAUGCGAAAUCCAGAAAAGAGUAUCGUUUUUGAUAUUGGAACUGGUACUGGCCUUCUUGCUGUAAUUGCCGCUAAUAUUCCAGGAGUCAAAAAAGUGAUAGCAAUUGAGGAAAAUAAUCAACUUAUAAAAAUAGCUCAGGAAACUAUUGUGAAUAAUAAUUGCAAAAACAUUGUGAAAAUUGAAUGGACAAAUUCACUAUCACCUUAUUUUGAAGUGAAGAAAGAGAAUGAUAGACCAGAUCUAAUAGUCAGCGAAAUUCUUGAUUGUUGUAUUUUUGGAGAAAAUAUUAUUUCAACAUUUCUCGAUGCUCAUCGAAGAUUCACCAAAAAAUCCACAAUUUUCAGUCCAAGCAAUGCUUCUCUUUAUGGAAGACUUAUCUAUUCGCCGAAAAUUAAUAAACUUCAUUGUCAAGGAAAUUUCCGAUCAACUUAUAUAAAAACUUUCGACAUUUUUCAACAAGAAGAUCCAUAUUGGUGCUGUAAAAAAGAAGAUUUUGAAGAUUUAUCAGAACCAAAAAAUAUUAUCGACGUGGAUUUUCAGAAUUUCGAGAAAUUGGUGGAAUUUGAGAGAAGAAAAGAUGAGACUUUUGAGAUAAUUCCAAAUAAAAAUGGAGUAUGUCAUGGAGUUGCUGUACACUUUUUGUGAGUUUCUAGAAAUUUUUCAACGCUUGGAUCACAGAAAAAGUUUAAAUAAAAAACAUCUCAAUAUUUCUUUUAACUUUCCCAGAAAAACAAACAUUUCCGAAACACAAAUUCAAUUUUCCAAACAAUUUGAAAGUUUCCAAAUAUUUUACAGAGCUAAUCUUCUUCCAAAUAAUGAUAUAUCGUGCCAAAUCAAUUCAUCUUCUCCAAAUUCCUGCUGGGAUAUGGGUAUUUUUCCAUUUGCCGAACCUAUUGAAGUUACUUGUGGAGUUCCCCUAACUCUGAACUAUUCGAUAAAUAAAGAUCGAUUGGAUAUUUGGUGUUCUCGAGGGUUUUCGGAAGACAAAACUUAUGAGAUCAAGUCAGUUGAAGAAAUUUAUAAUUUAUCAAAUCGUGAGAAAACAAUCAACAACGAGACAACUUUGGAUCUUUCGACAAGUUUUGAUCUGAAAAAUGAGAGUAAUUUAUCAAAAUAUACAACGGUUUUCACCAAUCUUCGAAGACAGGAUGGAAGUUUUGAUUCGGAGGCAUUUUUACGAUUAGAAGGAGCGAUUAUAAGUUUGAAGAAUAUUGAAAAUAUCACGCCGAAAUCUGUAAAAAUUAUCGGAAGAUUAUUCAAAUCCGAAAAAAUCCAUCAAGAAUCUCGACCUGAUUCAAAUAUGCAUUGCCACGUGGAUUUAUUGAAAAGUUUGAAAGGUUUUAAUUUGAUGGAAUAUCGAGAUAUUGAUUUGAAAUCGACGAAUUUUGAUGUUGAAUUUUGUUCCGAUGAAUUUGAGAUUUUUGAAUUUGAUUUUGGUGAUGUUAUGAGAUUGGCGAAGAAAGAAUAUUCGAAUCUUUCUAGAAGGUUUCAGGUAACUUACAGUGAGAAAUCUAAAAUACUCCGUGAAUUUUCCCAGAUCAAAACCAUUUCUUCCUGUGGUCCAAUUGAUGGUGUAAUUUACGAGUUCGAAAUUGACGGGUCUCGCAACAAUGGAAAUCGUGCUGCUUUCCUUUUCGAAGAAAGAAGGUCGAAUUUAUCAAAAGCUGAUUUAGUUUUCGAUUUUCAAGAGGCACAAAUGUUGAUAUCGGAUAUUGUAUUAUGA